GGUGGGCGCGGGCGGCAACAAGAGUCGCCUCACUCUCUCCAUGUCAGUGGCCGUGGAGUUCCGUGACUACCUGGGCGACUUCAUCGAGCACUACGCGCAGCUGGGCCCCAGCCAGCCGCCCGACCUGGCCCAGGCGCAGGACGAGCCGCGCCGGGCGCUCAAGAGUGAGUUCUUGGUGCGCGAGAACCGCAAGUACUACAUGGAUCUCAAGGAGAACCAGCGCGGCCGCUUCCUGCGCAUCCGCCAGACGGUCAAUCGGGGGCCCGGCCUGGGUUCCACGCAGGGCCAGACCAUUGCGCUGCCCGCACAAGGGCUCAUCGAGUUCCGCGACGCUCUGGCCAAGCUCAUCGACGACUACGGAGUGGAGGAGGAGCCGGCAGAGCUGCCCGAGGGCACCUCCUUGACUGUGGACAACAAGCGCUUCUUCUUCGAUGUGGGCUCCAACAAGUACGGUGUGUUUAUGCGAGUGAGCGAGGUGAAACCCACCUACCGCAACUCCAUCACCGUGCCCUACAAGGUGUGGGCCAAGUUCGGACACACCUUCUGCAAAUACUCGGAGGAGAUGAAGAAGAUUCAAGAGAAGCAGAGGGAGAAGCGAGCUGCCUGUGAGCAACUCCACCAGCAGCAACAGCAGCAGCAGGAGGAAACCACCGCUGCCACCCUGCUACUGCAGGGUGAGGAAGAAGGGGAAGAAGAUUGAUCAAACUGAAUGGAAAAAAACCCCACACACAUGCAUACACACACAUACAUACUCACACACAACUACACACACAGAAAAUAUACUGUAAAGAAAGAGAGAAAAUAAAAAGUAAAAAAAAAAAAACUUAACUCCAAGGGAGCACCACCCACAGAACCUCCACCAACUGACAGUUUCUCUUCUUGACUUGCCACCCAUCGCUGGAUGUUGUCCACUUUAUCCACCAUAUAAAACAGUAAGCAGCUGCUAAAACAAAAAAAAAUACAAAAAGUAAUAACAUUAUAUGAACUGUGUUUCCUACUUGAUUAAAAAAUAUAAAGAACUGAGUGUUUAUUUCCCUAAUUAACCAAGAACUUUUGUACACGUUUAAGCUAUUAUUAUUAAAAGUGUUUGCAAAAUGGUCAAGAUUAUAAUAUUGCUGAAUUAUAUAAAAGUCCUUUUCAUGUUGAGCUAACAUUUGACUUUAGCACAAAAAAGAGAUAUUUUAGAACACGUAAAAUAAUAUUUUUAGUUUUUCUCAUUUUGUUACCAAAUUUCAAACCUUACAUGGAGGUUAUUAUAGUAUAUUUGACACCCUAUAUACCUGUGAUUAGAGAUGUGUAUAUAUAUGAGGGCUAGGCAUGCUGUGUGUCUGAGCUUUGUCUAAAUGUUAUGCAGAAGUUUGUAGAGUUAAAGGUACGUAGGUUUAAUUCAUGCAAGAUAAACAAUAAGUGCUCUCUUUUAUACAAUAUGCAUUGCAUCUGGACCUUAAACAUAAAAAUGGUCAGUGAAACUUCUGUGAACAUGAAGAAAUUAUUAAAAAAGGCAUUUAAAUGAAAUUUGCUAAGUUGUGAUUUUUAUGGUUGGAACCAAAGUUAUUCAAAUAGCAAAAGGAAAUAGAGAAAGAGAGAAAAAGGAAAUCUCCCAUAAUAUUUUUCUGCAUCUGUUUGCUUUGAGUAGUCAUUUUGUCACUGUGUAUAUGAGAUGUACUUGUAUUGUUCAUAAUAUAUUUUUUUCAUUAUGUGUAGAAAGAUUUUAAAAACUAACGUGCAGCAAUUUCCAGUGAACCUGUACUUGGACAUCAGGUAGUGAGUCUAUUUGUGGUCACUAGCACUGUCUCCUAAACUUGUAAGAGGUCUGAAGCUAUCCUUUGGUUUUUGCCAGUGCUAUUAACUUAUGUAGACCUGUUAAAAAGCAGAGCAACACAAUUAUAGUUAUCCUACUGAGCCAUGGAUUCUGAGUUUCCUUUUAAAAGAGAAAGCUAAGUUAAGUUGGUGUACGUAAAGGAUUUCCAUGUAGCUGUGGUGCUAGUUAUUACUGGCUACAUUAUAUGCUAAGUGUAUUUGUGUUCCCCAAGUGUACAAGCCUAUCAAAAGUAUGUUCUAUCAUUCAUAUAUUCAAGUUGUAGCGUAUGAAAAUGAAAAGCUUAGGAGAGCACUUUACCAAGCUGGUGUCCUCCAAACUGAAAUUGUUAGUAACGAUAGUCUUUUACAGGUUUUCAUUUAAAAAUGUUUGUGUGCUUUUAAUUGACAACUAACUCCUUGCUGCUGUAUAGUAAAAUAUUAAUAUAUUUUUAUCAUUAAACUGCUGCAUGACUAUCAUCUUUGAGUGAAGAGAAAAUGUUAUAAAAAAAGAUGCCUUAAACAGUACAUUUUGGUUUGGAAUUCUGUAGAAAGCAUUUUGUGUUUGUUUUUUUAAAAAGGACCUUGUCUGACAGAGAGAGUUGUGCGGAUAGAAUUGUUUCUUGGCAAAUUCAGACAUAUAGAUCUAACUGCUGUAUGUAGGAGACAUCACCUGUAGGAGCUGGAAGGUGUCAGUGCUUCUCAUAUUGUAAAGCAUUGGCCUAGGAGGGUGAAAUAGUUGUCUUUUUGAAGGAUUUUUUUUUCUGCUGGUUCUUUGGUUUUGAUUUAAUAUUUUUAAGCUCCCUGGUUGAGUGUGUUGUCUUUGUUUUUGAGAUCUACUGUAUGUGUUGAAUAACAAGCUAUUUCCAUUGUACUGUGCAUUUUCCCAUUAUAGUUCCCAUAGUUUGCUUUUACUAUUCAUACAAUGUUAAAUAUGAAGUGACCGUACAAUAGUUAGGAAUUUCUUUACUUACAAAAUCACUGGAAAUAGUUAAAUUGCUUCUCCCCUUUCCCCAAGGUGCAUUUUCUUAUUUCCACAUAGUAAAGUUGAGCUUUUACAGUGCAUAAUGUGACAUUUGGAAUGCUUAUUCAACUGCAUGUAAACAUUAAUAACCUGCACUUUUUUGUCUUAAGGUUUGUUGAGCUGUUUUGUUCACUGUACUUUAACUGUGAUAUGGAAAAGACUGCAUUAUCUGUGCUGUUACUAGUUAGGAAAGAGAAUUGCUUUGAUUUUGUCUCUUGUUUACUAUAGCUUCUUAAAGUUAAUCCUUGUACUACAGGUUGUUGGAGUACUCCUAGAUCAGUGUUUUAUAGUAGCCAGCAAUAAGUAGUGCAGGUCAACAAAAACACAGCAAACUUAGGCUAAGUGUCCUUUCUUUGAGAUUCGAGUUCUCUCAUGAGGUUUUCUUUAGGGUCUAAGUUACCUAAAAUGAAGCCUUUCUUACCUAUAGACUUCCGAUUCUGCUUGGAAUCCUAUUGGAUCAAGAAGCACAGUUGUGCAGUUGUCUUUACACUAUAACAGUUAAACACACUCUUACCAAGAUUUUGAAACCAUUGUCUGAUUUAUAGUCAGUGGGUUUUAAAAGAAAUCCACAUGCAGAUCUUGUAAGACUUAAGAGAUGAUCAUAGAAAAGACUAAGUGACUGUAAAGAUGCUCUUAUUUUGCAUCUCACUUUACCUCCCCAAGCACCCUCCCAAACCUUCCCUUCUCUCUCCUGUUUCAUCCCUCUCCCCCCUCCCCUUUCGCCCCCCUGCUCCCCAGGUGCUCGGUACUUUACCAAGGUCUAUAUCUCAGUGUUUUAUGUUGGAGUUUUUCCUUGUUUUUAUUUUACUAGUUGGUAAACCCUGUUUGUGCUGAAAUAAAAAAGGAAAUGGUUGGUA